UGUGUGUGUGUGUUUCAGGUCAGCCGAUGAAGUGUAACCUGCACAUGCAGGGCAGCGUGAUCACGUCAGAGCAGCCCAUCCUCCUGAGGCUGAGCGACUCGCCCGGCGCAGCGGCUCCAGCGCAGAAGGACUCGUCGUCUCGCUCGGGCUCCAAGACGUCUUCAGGGCCGGAGGUGGAUCCUCAGACCAUCCUGAAGGCUCUGUUCAAAUCGUCCGGUCAGAGCGGCUCCAGCGGAGCAGAGCCGAGCGGCCCUCACUCCACCGCCUUCCGCAUCAAGAUCUGACGCCUGUUUCUACGAGCGGAGCUCCUCACGUUCACACGGCUCCCGCUUCGCUUUUAACGCCUCUUCUCUUUUCUUCAGUAAAGAUCUUGCUUUAUAA